UCACAAAUUGCAGCACCGUCACCAGCGACAGAGACCCCAGCUGAUACAGCGCAACGUUGUAAUACGGACGAGUGUCAAUUGCCAUAUUGCUUCUGCUCGAAGGAUGGCACACAAAUUCCAGGUGGUCUAGAGGCGGAAAAGAUUCCUCAAAUAAUCAUGCUGACAUUCGAUGGUGCUGUUAAUUUGAAUAACUAUGAUCAUUACUUAAAAAUCUUCAAUGGAAAGCGAAAAAAUCCAAAUGGUUGCACAAUUCGUGGUACAUUCUUCAUGUCGCAUGAAUAUAGCAACUAUCAACAAAUUCAACAUCUCGGCUAUGCUGGACACGAGUUCGCUACGGAAAGCAUUUCCCAACAACAAGGACUGCAAGAUAAAGGCUACGAGGAAUGGGUUGGCGAAAUGAUUGGCAUGCGUGAAAUACUCAAAAAAUUCGCCAAUGUGUCCGUCAACGAUGUGGUGGGUAUGCGUGCGCCAUUCUUAAAACCCGGACGCAAUACGCAAUACAAGGUUAUCGAAGACUUCGGUUACAUCUAUGACAGUUCGAUUACCGUGCCACCAGUCAAUGUACCCAUCUGGCCAUACACGCUCGACUUUAAAAUCUCACAUGAAUGUAAGAGCGGCACGUGUCCGUCGAAGAGCUUCCCUGGCGUUUGGGAGGUGCCACUCAACACUCACUAUGUCGAAGGUUAUGAAGGCGGUCACUGUCCCUAUCUGGAUCAAUGUGUGCUACACAAUUUGGACGAGGAAGAGAUAUUCGCUUGGCUGCAAGAGGACUUCACACGUUACUAUGAACAGAACAAGGCACCCUACAUGAUGCCAGUCCAUACGAAUUGGUUCCAGACGAAACCACUGGAAAAUGGCCUGCAUAAAUUCCUUGAUUGGGCACUUGAACUACCCGAUGUCUAUAUUCUAACCAUCACCCAAAUGCUGCAAUACAUGACCGACCCAAAGGAGUUGCGUGACAUCAACACCAUCGAAUCAUGGAAGUGCGACAAAAGCGUUGCUGUUGCACCAAAGCCAUGCAACAUUUGGAAUACCUGUGCGCUGCCCUUCAAGAUACCCGAACAGAAUGUAACGGACACACGCUACAUGGAGACUUGCCGCGAAUGUCCCAAUGUCUAUCCAUGGUUGGGUGAUGCCGGUGGUACUGGCAUUUCAGGACGUGACAAUUACAUUUUCUCUGGGCCAGCGAGCGCUGGCGAUGGCGAGGGUGAUGAUGCUGGCAGUGAUGAUGAGAAUUAGAGCGCAAUGGAGGAUAGUAGCAGCAGUGCAGUACGUAUGUAUGUAUGUAGGUGGUUGAAAAGGUGCGCUAAGCUAGUGUAAGCUGUAAUCAACCUAAAAAGUUUUAAGGGUCAGGUGACAAGUGUCAACUGACAGCUGCUGUUAACUGUCAAUUGCCAACUACAUACAUACAUACAUGAGUGUGAAGUGUUUUGUGUUUACCUUUGUAGUUUUGUGUUUGGUUUUGUUAUCUUCUAUAGGUAUUUUUUAAUUUGUUAAAUUUUCCAUCAUUUAUUAAAUGUGCCAAUUAGUGUUUACAAAACAAUUUUACUGUUAUCCCUGCUUUAAUGUCUCUUCUUGAACGUACUUUUAUCAAAAUUGUUUUUAAUUUAAUUUUGUUUCUCAAAAUACUCAGCCUUUUGCCUUGUUUUAGUUUAUAAGCCAUGAAAUCGUGUCAAUCGUAGACAUUAAGCAAAUAUAAGCAAAAUAAAUUUCUGUUUUAAAUAAGAAACUGACUAUGAAUGAAAACAGGUGAUGUUUAUUUACUACAAAAGCUAUGCU